AUGGCUUCCUUUUUCAGGACAGUUGACAAUGGAAUCAAACUUUCCUCCUUGUUGUCCAUCCCUGAUGUCAGUGAUGUCCAUACCAUGAAUAAAAUCACUUCUGAUGAACUCAAUUGUUUGGUUAUGCACAAGGACGCACCAGAGGCAUCGCAACUGCUGGGGCACUUGCUGUCUCAUAUUUUUAAACCUUUCAAGGUCCCUCUCCCUCAUGUAUCUGAACUCCAAAUUCCUCUAAAAAAAAUCAUCCAUCCCAAUGAACAUGUCAGAUUGCAAUAUCAUGGUUUAUUGCCAGAUUCUCUUGUGCCACUAUACAACAUUGAAACGAGUACUUGGAACUGGGAUCUUCCAGUUAAUCCCCCUGGAGGUGGCUCGGACUCAGACGCUAGUGGUGGUAGUAGCCAUGGUGCUCCGGUGAGUCAGGACCCAGAGGUUGCAGACAGUGCAACUUACGAAGAAAUUUUUGCAUCCUUUAUGAAUGCUCUUGCUGGCUGUUUAUCAGCAUCACAACCCCUCCUAGAACACGAGUGUUAUGCAACUCGCACAUGGAGCGCAGCCAAUGCUCACAAGGCAUUGCCCGGGAGUGAGAUAAAGUGCAAACCUGACCUUGUUCUAUCUGAUAACAUCACAGCAAAGUGGGGAAAUAUCAGGGUAUCCGGUGAGCUGAUACAUAGUCCAUACAAGCCUGUGAUGUGGCUUGGGAAGGCUGCAGACACCCAUGCCUACCUCAUGAUGAGCGAACAGCCCUGGAGGCGCUUUGCACUCAUAUUAUCAUUCACUAAUGCCUAUCAUCAUCUCCAAGUCCUCCUGUAUGAUCACUCUGGUGGCAUGGUAUCUACCCGCUUUGACAUAUAUCAGCAGCCUGACUUAUUUUCUCAUAUAAUCGCUGUUAUCAAUUUUGCAGACCCUGCCACAUCCACUUCUGAAUCCCUUGAUGAACUGGGCUCUUGGGACCCAUCCUCUGAUGAUGAUCUUGAGUCUGUGGUCUCUGAUGACUCUGGCUCUGAGGAACACUUAACUGACUCAGAGGACACACCUGAAGGAAAUUCAAUUGAAUCUACUAUGCAAACGGAAGAAUUCCCCCCAUCCCUCCCUCCAGUGCAAUCCACUAUGGUGUCCAGUGCCCCCCUCCUCAGCCUCGCAUCCCAAAUUCCCCAGGACUUGACAGAGAGUAUAUCUUCCAUCACACCUCAUCCUUCCCAAUUUCCCUACUCUGUGCACUCACCUGAACCUUGUGGCAAGAUCUGUGUAGGGGAUGAUGUGUACAUUAUCAAUCUGGGUGAUGAAGAUUUUAUCAUCAAGGACCAUUGGAUUCUCGGCAAGCGGGAAGAUGUCAUUUUGAAUGAGAUAGAGAUGUUGAAAUUAAUGCAAGGUGUCCCUGGCGUUCCCGAGUUAGUAGAUUAUUGGCUUGUCAUGACAUCAGAAGGCGAGGUUGACGUCACUCGAAGUUAUCACAAAAGGGAAUGCUGGAGUACCAAGGGCACCAGUCGCACUCAUGUCUGCCUUGUCCUAAAGCCAUGUGCUCGCCCCCUCCACAUGUUUCAAACACUGAAAGAGUUUGUGAGAGCAUUAAGGGACAUUGUGAUCAUAUGCAUUGCUGUGGACAAUAAAUAUUCCAUCAGUGGUACAGGCACGGUCCCCUUCAUGUCACACAUGCUUCUCAGCCAGGUUUCGCUUUUGCAGCAACAGGUGGUUGCAGACGCUGAGCAGAAAAAGCUGAUGAAAGCAAACAAAUUGAAAUUGAAAUUGAAAUCAAAGAAUGCUCCUGCCCUGAAAACACCAAAAACCUCCUCAGAUUCUUUAGCGCUGCCCAUUUCUCAUGUGGUCCAAGGUUACUCCGAUGAUCUUGAAUCUCUUUUCUUCAUAUUCACUUGGGUUUGCAUCAAGUUCUGCAGUCCCAAUGGCAUGGUCCGUCAGGAGCGCAUGCCCAAUUCCUUACUUGAUCGCUGGACCAGCCUUGACCUGGCAUUGUGUGCUGUCUUCAAGAUCACCUUUUUCGCGAAUCCAUUGGAUGAACAGCAUCUCAUAAACAAAUUUCACCCAUACUUCAAACCCCUCAUCCCCCUUGCAAAGGAUUGGUGUGCAGCAUUGAAGGAUAACAUGGUUAACCCUGUUACCUUUGAUGCCAUUCUUCACAUACUCAACUCUCAUCUUGAGGAGCUUUCCAAUGAUGAGGAGCUCCAAUCCACUGUGACAAUGCUCAAGAAAACUGCCACCGCUCUUAAUGGCUUGAAACAUGUUGCUUCACUGUCUUUGCCCAUACUGAAGUGGAGGAAGUCGGAUGACUCACUGGAGACAUCCAAACAGGUGUAA